AUGAUAUUUUCGAUAUUAUUCCUUCAAAUUAUGUGUUUAGUAUUUCGAGUACUUGGUGAAUCUAAUGGCUACUACUGUACGGGUUCAAAUAGUGGUAAUAUACAUUUUAAAUGCAUAAAAACACCGUGCAACGGCACUCUGUGCGAAACAAUAAUCGACUACUUAGAAAAACCAGGACCGGACGUAAUUAUAGAUACCAACAAUAAAGUACUGUUGAAUCUCGAAAUCGAAAACAUUUCUACUAUCCACGUGCUAUUUAUUAAUUACGUUCGUGAUUCAGUAAAUUUAAAUAAUACAACGUAUCGUCUUUUGAAACCAAUCGUUCUAAAAGUCCAAUUGGCUGGACCAAAGGAAUUAUACAAGUUACGUUUUAUAAACUACGUAAAUGGUGGGCCAACCGAAGAAGUGAUCAGUAAAGCGACCAGGAAGUAUUACUUCGGAUGUGAUUCUAGAAAUAUCAACCCCACUUGUGGUAUGCAGUAUUAUAACUUAAAUGAACCGGUGCCUUUUUCGGAAGGUUUUUGUUGUUCGUGUAUCGAUUCGGUAAAUGCUGCUCGUCAACAAAGAUCGUCCGAGGUACUGAACAGAAAUAACAUUUCGAUAACGACAAACGCCGAUGUCGUUGUUCAACCGAGGGGCGAACAAGAUUGUAAAAACAUCAGUAGAAGUCCCGGUUAUGCAAAUGCAUUUACUUAUCAUGAGAGUGCGCAUUGUUUUAGAUAUAGUGAUUUAUGGUUCAAUGUUUAUAAAGUAGAGAAAUCGGAAACGGUCUUACCACUGACAUUGGAAUUAUUCAAAAAAAGCGAAAGUAGCGUUUACGUGCUCCACCAACAAUGUUCUUCGUCAUCAUCAUCCAACAGCAAACAGACCAUUUUCAAGGAUUUGGUAUCGUAUCAGUACGAGGUCAAAGGUUUAAAUGAAACAGUCGAAAACGACCUGAUGGCCAUGUUUGUUCUGAUACCUCAGGACGUGCCCAAAAUGUAUCAAUAUGGGCUCCCGCACUUUAACGAUCGAGGAGCUGGGAAGUACCUCGCGAUCCAUCCAAGUAGGAUGUCGAAAAACGGCGGUGCCGAAUGCGACCGAAUCGGAGUGGGACCACGAGGUUUCUACGAGCAACCUGACAGGUGUUAUCGGCCUAGGGGAAGCUGUCUCACCCAACAGCCCAAUCAACUGCUACAGCAGCGGGAGGGAUACUGCAGCGGGGAACCAUUGGCGGAUCCAAGUGGUCGUUUGUUCAUCGAAGACUAUGUGCGAGGUGACAUCAGUUUCGACAAUGUAGCCGACCACAUUAUCGUGGACCUUCAGUCGGCCUUGUCCGCUGCCGAAUCCUCCAUGUCCGUGCAGAGCGUCGGAGAGAUCAGACUGGACGACAACGCCGUCGUCAAUGACAAGAUUUUGCUACAGAUAAGCGAGAUACAUGCGAUUUUUGAUAACGACUGUAAUAACACCGCAAAAUUACGCGUAUUCGUGACGAACUUGGGCCUGCAAACAGCAGAGUUCUCUAUCGACGUUUCAGGUCCGCUAGACUCGAAAAAACUUGAAAAACAACACAGGCAAGUUAUAGUACAUCCCCAGCAGACCGGAAAGAUUAAUUUAGAGUUCGAAUGCCACAGCACCAUCGAAUGUAGCGCAACCGUGUGUUUGUAUAUCGACCACACCUCCACCGUAGCAUUGGUCUCCAGAAAAUUCAAGGUCGUCCGCGGUUCCGGUUGCUACUGCCUGUGGCACAGACGGUGCAAGUGUUACCAGUCUGAGUCACAAUACCCCACAGGUGGCAGAUCGUUGAGCCAGGCAGAGUACACUGGUGCAGGGUUCCUAGGCGACGUGCCACCCAGGGGGGCGGUCGCAGAGGAUGCUGUCAGGGGCUGGGACACGCUGGUCGCCAGUCUGGUAUUGUGUAUAGGAUACCUGUACGUAGCGCUGACUCUGGGCCUGCUCAAAGCUAUGUCAUCGUUUAGCAGCCACUGGCUGUGGAUAGUCGGUUCGGGUAAACGACAGCUGGUCGUGUACAAGGAACCGGAACUCAGACCGUGCCCAGUGAUCCGAGACGACCAUGGUUACUGCGUGCACCCCAUAACCAAGUCCCGGAACAUACGGUUGCUGGACAGGGGCGAGGAGUUCAUCGCCAACACGCUGUUCUUUGUCUGCCUCCCGACCACGGUGUGCCGGUGGUGCUACAACCGGACGAACGGUUACUAUUCCAUGACACAAGAAGGUUCUUGUUACAGUGCGUCGUCAGAAAAUCUGAAGGCCGACGAUGAUUCACCGGAACAGGCCAGCGAUUGUGAUUUGCAGCAGCAGACUAUCAAUUCUGAUUCCCAGAAGCUGCUGGACUCCAAUACGUCGGAGUAG